GCCUCAUUUACGCCCCUGCCUUCGAUCCUAGGGGCAGGGCAACCACAUGGGGAGGGGCCUUCUGGCGUCGUAGGCGACUUGCCUAGGCAGUCGUCACAUUCUGGGGCCGUCGGCUCGGGCUUUCGUGCCAUUCUCUGCCUAGCCUCGAGAUAGGAAUCCGUCUCUUCGUUGGGUUGGGUAGAUCUUGCAACUAGCACCGCUCGCACCCCCAGGCAUUGCAGUUUGCAGGUCACAUCUUACAGGUCGCCAACCCCCCUCCCGAGCUCACCACCUACUCUGGCCGUUCAGAUCCCACGUCGCGAUCAGCCUCACAAAGGAUGCGGUUUGAGGAUUGGGACGUGCUUCUCUUCCCCAGCGACUCCAAGAUCCCGUUCAAGGAGUUCAAGACUAGUUGCCAUGUAGUCCACGACGCUGGUGGGUUGGCUUCUCUCUCGCCACACUCCACCCGGGCCUGGGGACUGUUGCCGCGAAGCUAAUCCGGGCUCUGGCAGAAUUUGCGCUCUUACAUGGGUCGCUCGGCUUGCCAACCAUGACGUGCUUCAUACCAGGGCUCCCCUCCGGCACGCCAUUCAACAUCUCUCUUCAUUGCUGGAAGACGCCAGACGUCAGUAGGUUCACCAGAAACCACAGCAGACGGCCCGGAUUGGUCAAGUUUGAGGCACGGGUCUUGGUCGAUGGUUGUAUAGCCGCGUCGUCCCUGCUUGACCCCGCUGGCCCCUGGCCCCAGUUGAUCAGCCGCAGCUUUGAAUUUACCAAAGCUGGUGAUUUGGAGUACCUCAGGUUUCCUCCAUUUCGCAGCGAAAUACUCCAGCAGAGCUUCUGGAAUCCCGCCGAUGAGAUCGGCCGAAUCAAGAUCGUCAUCAGCGAGGGGAUCUCGACAGAAUCUUUGUCUAUCCCUGUCGAGCGGGUUAAGAACGUCGUUGCGUUUUCCUUCCAGCAUGCGCCGCUUGACCUCCUCGAAAGUGCCGGUAUUGCUUGGCCGAAUCCCAAAAUGUGGCGCCGUGGCCCACCCAACCCUAUGAUACCCGUCCCAUCGCAGCAUCAUAAAGAUGGGUAUGAGGCGCACCUACACUCCCGGCGGCAUCGCGUGAGCCAGGCUAGAGGCAUGCUGCGUCAGUCCGGGUAUGUCUCUAGCUGCCCUGGCGGGAAAGGGGUCGAGGUCAGUAGUGUGCUCCCACCCACGCCUAGUACCGCGGAAAUUCCCCGCCACGGCAGAGUCAGCGCCGGGUCCGCAGGCACUUUAGGUACGCAAAAAGUAGACAGCUCUGCUUGGUUCGAUUUCACGGGCGGUUCCGGGACGGGAGGUUAUGGCCGAGUGACCAAGACCGGUAGGGACGAAUACGACUUUUCCUCAAACCAUAGGGCUGCCGGGACGAGCAAGACGCGGCGGGCCGGCGCCAGUAUGCCCGGCUUUGGUUUUAGCUCCUUAAGGACCCCCAAUGAUGUAUCUGAUGCUCAGCUCGUGGGGUUUCCUGGGACUAAUACCGGUGACGCGAGCACCAGCAUCCACGACCCCAAGGUACUAGUUAACACGCCGACACCCAGUGGCGAACCCUGCUUUAUCGAUAUUCGGGACGAGAGGAGCAGAACCAAUACGCCCAAGAGUAUAUCGAGCACUACGGUUCAGCGAGAUCAAGAAAACCGGGGCGUAUCAAACGAAGCCAACGAACAUACGACAAGAGGGGUAUUAACUAACAAACUUCUCAGUUCUAAUGACGGCAACUUGUCCCGGCCUUCUGCUUCUCUUGCUCACUCGUUAUUAAACCAGCCACACUCAGCACCAGCACCAGCUACAGACGUUCUCCUGUCUGCCCACGAGAUGGAGUUGCGUGAGGAUGCCAGGGUUAAUCGGGGGUAUCCGAACGGGACUACGCUAGAUGCCAACCACAUUCAGGUCCGCGAGACGUCCCGGCCAUUGCCCCACAACCUAGGCAGGGAGAACCCAAACGCCGACGCAAACGAGCCCCACGCCAACCAGCGCAUCCUCUCUGGUGUGUUUUCGCACCGGUCAAUGUCACCAGGAAACUCAAGCCCUAACCUCGACAGGAGCAUGAGUAUAUAUGCAGAGCCGGUGGUGGAUUUCCACGCAGACAACGACGAAGAUUCCAGUAUCCAUGCAAUAAACGGGCCUGAAAGGGGUCCUGAGUAUGCCCAUCACUUCGCACCGGUAGACGAGAAGGCGAUUGGUGAUGGCGACGGGGCAUUCGUUCAGAGCGCUGAAGUUUCAGCAGCGCUUGACAGCUUUACGGAGUUUGGUUUUUGGUGAGAUCAUUGAAUAACUACUACACGAAUAUAGGGGCUAUCCGAAGAAAGAGUAAUGCAGCAUCGCCGCAAUCGAUCGGCUUUGGAAUUGUCGUAUACCUAGAUAUUCUAAAGUUACAGCCGGAAAGCAUGUCGUUACCAUCUGCCAGCUAGCUGCUCCCUUGCCGGCUGGCUGGGGUGUUUAGCUAGGUAAUUACAGAAUCAUAACUGGUGACUCCUAGCGAUCUAUUAUUAGCGAUAUAGCGAGACAUCGAUUCAUCCGCAGAGGAGUAGUAAGUUUAGACGGAAGCAGAAACGGUUAUAUAAUACUAAGAAUGCU